AUGGCGGCGGCGCAGUCGGCCUUCUCCCUCGUCUCCUCCUUUUCGGCGGCCUCCUCGUCGGCGUGCCCCUCGCCGGCGCUCCGCAACAACGUCAGAUUCCCUCUCCGGGCCCCUUCGACCUUCCCCAGCUCCAGGCGGUCGACUUCCCUGCGGCCGCUCGCGGCCGUGGACGUGCCCGAGAACGUGGAGAAGCUCGGAGAGGAGAUAAGCAAGCUGACGCUCGAGGACGCGAAGAACCUCGUCAACUUCCUGGAGUGCAGGCUCGGCGUGUCGGUGGCUGCGUUUGCGCCGGCAGCAGCGGCCCCCGCCGCCGUUGCAGGAGUCGACGCCGGUGCCGCGGCCGAGGUGGAAGAGAAGACGGAGUUCGACAUUGUCAUUGAGGAUGUCCCCGCCAAUGCAAGGAUCCCGACCAUCAAGGUCAUCCGGGCCCUGACGGACCUGUCACUCAAGGAUGCGAAGGAAAUGAUUGAGUCCCUCCCGAAGAAGUUCAAGGAGGGUGUCUCGAAGGACGAUGCAGAGGAUUCCAAGAAGAAGCUCGAGGAGGUCGGAGCCAAAGUCUCAAUUGUGUAA